CGGCCCUGGCUAGUAGCGCUCCCCCAGCGCGGGGGGAGCGGAGCGGCCCGGAGCUGCCGGGAUGGCUGAAAAAGAUUCCAAAGAAGAGAUUGUCAAAGCUUUCAAACUCUUUGAUGAUGAUAAAACUGUCAAAAUCUCUUUCAAGAACCUCAAGCAUGCCGCCAAAGAACUGGGGGAAAAUCUCACUGAUGAGGAGCUGCAGCUGUACAGCUUAUACCUGACAUCCUUCGGGACAUGAUCGAUGAAGGAGACAGAGAUGGAUAUGGGGAAGUGAACAGGCAAGAAUUCUUGUGGAUCAUGAAGAAGACCAGCCUUAACUGAAACAGAACUGCUCACUCGUGCUGGCAGUGCAUUUCUACAGUCUGCCCCGAGCAGCCCCUCUGAUCCCCAGCACAGUGCUUGGAGUCCUUCUCUUGAUUUUAUCAUCUCUUUUGGCGUACGCAGGAAUUCGGAGAAGUCCGAGAAAUGCCUCUGUGUUCUUAUCUCUCUGUCUGACCAUCUCAGUAUUCUGGUGUGGCUAUGGAGUGAUCUUCGUCCUGGAAGGGCAAGGAGUUUUGAACGACGCUGGUGAUUUCCGCAGUGCCAUGGUGCCUGGCCUGGUCACAUUCACUUUGGCACUGCUCAUUAUUGCAGUGGUGGGCUUCCUUUGCAGAGAGGUCGUCCUAGCUAUGAUUGCUUCUGCUGUCUCACUUGCCAGUGCUCAUGAAGUCGCCAUGCUUUAUAGCACAGCUUUCGGUUCCUCAGCUGUGGCUUGCAAUUACAUGAUUGUCUGCUUGGUUGGUGGUUAUUUUGCUCUGGGCAGGAUUCUCUAUUUCCUAAACAAAGAGAAAAUUGCCCUCCCUGGUACAGAUCUGGCCAAGAACAAGACCCACAAACAGGUCCAGUCCACCAGUGGCAGCGGGAGUCAUUUUGCAGUUGUCGGUCUGAUUCUGAACAUGCUGUCUGCCAGUGUCUUUGGCUGUAGGCUCCUGGGCAUCACUGGCAAACUGGUUAUUGGGCAAGUGCCCUGGCUGUGGGCAGCUGGGAUCUACCAGAUUGGCAUCUGCAUUUUAUCAUACCGUGCCAUGGAUGCACUAAUGGCUACGUUCUUUGGUUUCACUUCCAUCCUGAAAUUUGCUGAAGGCUAUUGCCUUUUGUACCCAAUCUGGCAACCAGAGGAGCCAUCUUUUCCUACUCCAUUCUUGGUGGUUUUCUCAAUUCUUUUUGCAGUCUUGGGCCUUUUUCUCACUCUUAAGAGCCCAGUAGAUGGCCUGUAUUUGCUGUUUUACGUGGCCUACUGCAUUGCAUUAGCUUGCCAUCCUAAGGGGUUUUUGGAAGGUGGACCCCAAGGCAUGGAUGUGGCCAUCUUUGUGGGCUCAGCCUUGAUGACUCUAAUUCACCUGUACAAUGUGAAAGCAAGUGCCAAGAUCCCAACAGGGAAGGAUGCUAUGAAGGCCCUUCUCGCUCGCAGCAGUUUCCUGAAGCUUCGUGAAGGGACAGACCUUCAUACCCCAUACCUGGGGUAUUCCAAAUACGCAGACGCAGAAGUACUUGGCUAUGCAUGCAGUGUCCUUGCUUCUUUUGCUAUAACAAUGCCAGGAGACCCACAGGCUCCACUUGCUGUUGUUGUGAUUCCAUGGGUAGUGGUAGCUGGUGGGGUCCUUAAGCUUCUAGGCGGCUCAGUGGCCUUUGCCCGGGGUAAAACCCUGGAGAGCAGUGCCUUCAUUCUCUAUGGUGUCCUGUGGAUCGUCUGGGGCCUGACCAGGUAUGGUGGCCUCUAUGGCACCACCAGAAGCUUCCAUGCAGCAGUAGGCAUCGUUGCUUUCAUGCUCUUCAAUGGCUUCAUUGUCUUCUGCACGCUUUUCUUAAAUAUCACUUGGUUUUUUUACUCCCUCACGUUCUUCCUCAUCACUGUCAGCUUCUUGCUGGAUUCCAUCCAUGCUCUCCCAGCUGGCUAUGACGUCGCUGCCACGCUCAUCUUUGGCCUGGUCAGUUUUUACUGCUUCCUGUCUGCCCUUUUCAACAGCAUCUUUGAGGGCUCCUGCUUGCCAAUGGGUAGGCCCAUUGUGCAGCUUAGAGGUGUGGGGGGAGGAACAACCAAGUGCCUUCAUCUGCCUGCCAGGAAAGCUUCCUCAGUCAAGAGAAUUGCAGCUCUUCUGGGAAUUACAGCCUCUCACUUCCAGUCGCUCAAGUGGUUCUGCCCUGUUCACAUGCCAACAGAUAUCCUGAAGAACGGAGGGACUUGUGGCAUCCCCACAGACACUGUGUAUGUGCUUGUGGCAGCCUGUAAUCGGCCUGAUGCUGUGGAGAAAGCUCACCAGUCCAAGCACCAGGCUCAGGAUCGCCCCAUGUCACUCUGGAUUUCCAGCCUAAAGCAACUGGAACCUGCAAAGCAUUUGUUCACUCCCCUCCUCUGGGACUUCAUGGAGUCUGCCUGGCCAUCUCCUAUCAGCUUGGUGGUUCCCAGAGGUGAAUGGGUGGACUUCCUGGGAAUGAAAGACUCUGCUAUAUAUGUUGGGACCCCUCAGAGUGUUGCCAUCCGUAUCCCUGACUGCUCUGUCACCACGCACCUCAUUGACUUGGUUGGCCCCAUUGUGGUCACGUCAGCAAAUCCAACGGGAGAGGCAGACACAACCCACCACAACCAAGUGUACGCCAAGCUGGGAGAUAAGGUGGAUGCAGUUCUUUGUGCUGGGCCUUCUCCAGAGAACAUUGCCUCCACUGUUGUGGACUGCACCAAAAUUGACAGUGGAAACAUCGGGUUCUUCAGAGUUGGUAUUAUCCCCAAGUCUCAGGUGCUGCAGAUACUGGAGCAGGUGCAGAAGAAGCACACACUGGUUCCUAACAGCGGCACUUGGACCACAAAAGGCCAGGAAGAACGUGUGAACCAGAGCCACGCUGUGCAAAACGGGGUGGGCACGGCUGCCUUGGAAGGGACCACACUGGCACCGUCCACCACCGAUGGCCAUGAGAACCUCACUCGCUUCUGACUCCAUGCAGGUCAAGCAGUUACGUGCUCGCUAGGAAGGUGUUUGCUGGGAAGUGCCAUCUAGGCUAGAGUGGGGAAAGGGAGUGGUUUCUCAGCUGUGGGGGUGACUUAUUCAUCUUUCUAUGGAUCCUGCUACGCUAUCCCAGCACAGAACUGACAAACCACCAUCACUCAGAAGUAACAUUUUCACUUACAGACACUGCCGGCUUUCACUGAAGAUCAGCCACGACCAAAGAGAGGGUUAUGUUGGUGACAGACUAGCCCAGAGUACUCAAACGGGAGUCAAUCCCUUCGGUUGGGGCAUGUGAAGGGUUUCAUGAGUACACAUUGGGGGGGAAAAGUGCUGCUUGAAUCUUGUGGUGGGAAGAGGGAGAACAGUAGAUGUUGACAGGUGCUGUGGUGGUGGAUACAGUGGGCUUUCUAAUACAGGGGAGACACAUGUCCUUGGGAGCUGGGGUUGUGCUGAUAGGUCUUCUUGAAGGUCAUGGAACCCAACACUAAUAAGAAAUGCUGUUAUCUGAGGUGCCAUUUUCUGUGUCUCAGUCACUGUGCAUGUGGAAUUACCAUUUUGAUGACACCAAUAUCUUCUUAGAAGUGCUGGAGGGUUAUGAAAGACCUUCCUUUCCAAUGUUAUCUUAUGCAGAGUAUGGAUUCCAGGAGAAUCGUCUGCACUGCAUUUGAGGGUGCUGGAAGCUGGUCUCUUGCCUUAUAGCGUAACCAUUCAUAUCUCAUGGUACAUUUCCUCCAGAGUGCAGGUUGAGUGCAGAGUCAUAGCUGCUGACCAGGAGGAGGUGAAGAGAUGCUUCAAGCUAACGUGAGGAGUCUUCCUUGGCCAAGACUUCCUAUGGUUCUGCUGUCAGCAGCUUGUUUAGUCUCUGAAAACUCUUGAUCUUAUUCUCACCCGACUCAGGUGCAAGGUGCUGAUCAAACUCCAGCUGAAACCAAUGAAUUGAUACAUUGAUUUCACCUGAAGUUCUGCUGGAACUUAAAUGCUGUGCAGUCAGAGGAGCUCAACCUCUAUGAACUAUGGCAAAACCAGGUCUUUCUCAUCUUGUUCUUACAGAGCUGGCUCUCUUCCUGCAGAGAACAAUUCCAGAUAGUUGAAUUUGUUGAAUAUUUGCUGGUCUACUUACUGUAUCUCUUUUGAGUUUA